GAUACAGAAAUAACUUCGUUUCUCUUCAAGUCUAAAUACUCGUUGAUCAGUAUAAAAAAUGGGAGACUUCGACUGGAACGAGCAUAAUCGCAGGCAGGUUCUGGAAGGGCGUCAGAUUCUCGAACGGACAUCCGCUAGCCUAGCCCGAUCGAACCAGAUUGCCAUCGAAACCGAACAGACGGGUCAUGAGGUGAUUUCCGAACUGGAGGUUCAACGAGAAUCGUUACUGCGAAGCCAACGGCGGCUGGAAAAUGCCAACGAUGGUUUGUCGAAAUCGAGUUCCAUUCUGAGAGCCAUGCAAAGAAAUGUGCUGUACAAUAAGCUGAUUCUUAUAAUGAUCAUUGUGAUGGAAGCGGUCAUACUGGUCGGUUUAUUGUACAUCAAACUUAGCCACUGAAUAUUAGACCUGCAAAUUAUUAAAUUUUUGCAUUCCUAUGUUUAUACCUACAUCGUAAUAUACUGAAUAUCUGUAUCGAAAACAAUCGGAUCUACUGCAAGUGGUCUGUAAAAUUCUUUAUCGCAUAUACCGUUAGGUCAGUAUCCACCGCUCACUGAACUCGCAAGCUUAUGAUAAAAAGUAUUCAGUGAACGGUGAAU